AUGGCCUCAACUUCACAAUGUACCGACUUCGCGACUGCAUCAAAUAUUGACUAUUUUGAGAAAGCUUGUGGAACAAGGGAAGAUGAAGAGAGAGGAGAAAGUGUGGGUCUUAUAACAGCUGGUGAUACAGAACUUACAGCUGUGAAGGGCAGUUUGGAUCUGACAGCAACGGUUGACGUGGAUCCCGCACAAAUGGUUGAUGGUGCAGACCUCACUGCAAAUGUCCACGCCGUUGAUUCGAUACCAACGAUGAAAAUUAAUGUGGAUACUAGUGAAGGGGUUGUAGUAGAAACGGAAACUCUGGACGACCCAAUGGAAGAUGAACUUCCACACGAAGUGAUGGCGAAAAAUGAUUUCUUUAAAGCUGAGUUUUCUAAUCCCCUCUCUUUUCUUCUCAUUCUCCCUCCAUUAUUUAAAAUUUCUCUCUGUAUAUUUAUCUAUGUCUUUCUAUUAUCUAUCUAUCUAUCUAUCUAUCUAAGUUCUCUCAUAAUUUAUCAAUCUAUCUAUUCAGUCUGUUCAUAUCUAUCUAUCUAUUGUAUCCAUCUAUUUAUCUAUCUAUCUAUCUAUCUAUCAAUCUUUCACGAAGUCAUCUAUCUAUCUAUGUCAGUUUAUUAUGGGGAAUCUAUUUAUCUAUUUUGCAUCUCACUUAACUCUUCUUGA